UCUUGGAAGUGUAAACAAUGGAGGACGAGGAAAACCAAGUGCAACUCCCAGAUGAAAAGCAGGUGCCGAACUCUGAAAGUGGUUAUGUGUGGCAUGUCACCGAUAUGAAUCGACUGCAGCGUUUCUUGUGUUUUGGUUCAGAAGGUGGUACUUAUUACAUCAAGGAGCAGAAGCUGGGCUUUGAAAAUGCAGAAGCUUUAAUAAGACUGAUUGAAGAAGGUAGAGGUUGUGAAGUUGUUCAAGAAAUAAAGACAUUUAGUCAAGAAGGCAGAGCAGCAAAACAGGAGCCCCUGCUUUUUGCCCUUGCAAUUUGCUCACAGUGUUCUGAUGCAAAAACAAAACAAGCAGCAUUUAAAGCUGUUCCUGAGGUGUGUUGCAUACCAACCCACCUCUUUACUUUCAUCCAAUUCAAAAAAGAUCUGAAGGAGGGCAUGAAAUGUGGCAUGUGGGGCCGUGCACUGAGGAAAGCUGUUGCAGAUUGGUACAAUGGAAAGAAUGGCAUGGCUGUUGCUUUAGCAGUUACAAAAUAUAAACAAAGAAGUGGUUGGUCUCAUAAAGAUCUUCUGAGGUUGUCCCACCUAAAACCUGCCAGUGAAGGAAUUGCUAUAGUCACUAAAUAUAUUACCAAAGGGUGGAAAGAUGUCCAAGAGGCUUAUAAAGACAAAGCAGUUUCUGCUGAGACUGAAAAACUCUUGAAGUACCUGGAGGCUGUGGAAAAAGUAAAACGCACAAAAGAUGAAUUGGAAGUUAUUCAUCUAAUAGAGGAAUAUGGUCUAGUUAGAGAGCAUCUACUGACAAACCAUCUGAAAUCUAAAGAGGUUUGGAAGGCAUUGCUGAAGGAAAUGUCUAUUUCUGUAUUGUUGAGAAAUUUAGGAAAACUGACAGCAAAUUCAGUGCUUGAACCACGAGGUUCAGAAGUGGCAAUAGUAUGUGAAAGACUAAGAAAUGAGAAACUGCUAAAAAAGGGUAGAAUACACCCAUUCCAUAUUUUGGUUGCAUUAGAAACCUACAAAGCUGGACAUGGAAGCAGAGGGAAGCUGUGGUGGCGUCCUGAUGAAGACAUUUUAGAAGCUUUAGAUGCCUCGUUUUACAAAACUUUCAAGACAGUUGAACCAACAGGAAGACGCAUCUUAGUUGCAGUUGACGUCAGCGCAUCAAUGACACAAAAAGUUUUGGGCAGUGUUCUCAAUGCUAGCACAGUUGCAGCAGUAAUGUGCAUGGUUGUAGCACGUACUGAGAAGGAUUCCCAUAUUGCUGCCUUUUCACAUGAAAUGGUCCCUUGCCCAGUGACGGCUGAUAUGACGUUACCUCAAGUAUUAGUGAAAAUGUAUGAAAUUCCAAUGGGUACCACUGAUUGUUCCCUUCCAAUGAUAUGGGCUCAAAAAACUGAGACAGCUGCUGAUGUCUUCAUUGUAUUUACUGACAAUGAGACCUUUGCUGGAAAUACUCAUCCUGCGACAGCUCUUAGAGAGUACAGAGAGAAAAUGGGUAUUCCUGCUAAACUGAUUGUUUGUGGAAUGACCUCAAAUGGUUUUACGAUCGCAGAUCCAGAUGACAGAGGCAUGUUGGAUAUAUGCGGCUUUGAUACAGGAGCUUUGGAUGUUAUUCGAAACUUCAUUUUGGAUUUGAUUUAAUUUUCUAGGCAUCUGCUCUUCCCAGUGGGUCCAUUGCUGGCAACAGACUUCACCCUGGGAAUUCCCAGACAAAUAUACUUUAUUAGAAUAUGGCACAUUAUAUACAUAUCAGAAUGUUACCUUUUUGUGAAGGGGGAAAACAAGAAAAGCGGAUGAGAAAUGUCUUUUCUCUUUUUUCCUGUUGCACACAAUUUAAAAUAAUGGUGGGAAGUUUGCUAAAAGUAGCUACAGGGUUACACAACACAUAAUUUAAUUUCAUUUAUAAUAGAUCACAAAUACCAAGAGAUAAAAAUUUUCCCCCAGCCCCAUUGCUGUGGAAUGCUUGUUUGCAAGAAUAAAUUGAUUGAUUACUCUUAGGGUGGGGCAGGAAACAAAAGUGCAUUUAGUAUUUUUAAUAAUGUCAGUUUAACAGUGACUUCAUUGAGAGGGAUUUUUCUUUGGGCUUCUUUUAAUCUUUGUAUUUUAAACAAAUUACUAAGGUUCAACAGUUUCCAUUGUUACACUUCAAAUCUACAAAGGAAGUAUUUUCUGGCAUGUAUGAGACCAUGUGACUGUGAUGCAGUAUAAAAGUUACCCAGUGAAAUUUUAUACUGAUAAAACUGAAAGUGGAAGAGCUCACGCUAAUCUUUUUCUAUCUAGAUUAUCAUCUGAGUUUUCAGGAGUUUGAGGGGCAGUUUCAGAAGCUCUAUGUGAGAAUUAGUACGCUUUACAGGAAGUUCUAAGAACUGUUUUUAGUAGAAAAAGACCCUGGCAAUGGCUUGGAAGCCACAUUCAGUCCUAGUUAUAACUCUGGGAAGGCUCGACACACUUUCAGUGAGGAAGAUCAAGUGCAUGUGUCUUGGCCUGCCCUUGAAAGCUGAGUGGUAACAACCAGAAACAAAAAGCUACAUUUUCUUCAAAGGAAUGCGUUCAAUGAUACAGAAACAAUCUUCCGAACAGGAGAGUAUUUCAUUUUUUUAAAAUCUUUUUGUAGAUUAACGUUAAUUCUGAUUUCGUAAAUUAAUUCAAGCUAACAUUUUUCAAAACUACCUCCAGUUUAUAGUGACCAAUUCUUAAAAACUUUUAUGACAUGUACAGUUGCCUCCUUCAUGUUCUCAAAAUUUUGUUUAGGAAGCGAUUGAAACUGGAUAUUUUUUUUUUUUUUUUUUUUUUUUAGUCUGAUAGUAAGAGUGUGAGUAAAGAAGGAGGAGGCUAGUGAGUAUCUCAUCACUUUGGAACAGGAAUUGAUAGCAAUUCAUGUGUAUAUGUAUUUAAUUCUCUGUGUGUGUUUUUAUAUAUAUGUGUAUAGGGGGCAAGUUAAAAGAUCUCUUCAGUAGAUCACAAUCUUAGAAAAUGAGAAAGGUGUUUUUUGGGUUUUUUUUUUUAGUGAUGCUUUCAAAACUUCCCCAAGACAUAUGUAUGUCUGCCUCUUUUAUGCUGAUUCUGGCUGUUUUAAACAGUGAAUUUGAUGUUACUUUGAAAAUAAUUAUGAUUUAUAAAAAUAACCCAGUUGUGAUAAAUGACAUGUAAAACCAUAUUUUUCUGCCUAAACACCAAGCUUUUAAAUGUAAAAUUCAGGUUCAUAUUAUACUUUUGAUACUUGUAACACUUUUCAUUAUGCCUCGUACAUAUUGAUUAUAAAUUCCAACCUCACAUUCUGUAGGAUGGAUAUCACUUUUGGUGCUAAAAUGUGAGGUUACGUGUUACUGAAGGUUUUCUGCUAUAUACUUAUACUCUACCUUAAUGAAUAAACAAAACAGUGAGGGAAGCCUUUUCUGACAUUAAGCCAUGGCUUAAAGAACGGAUGGUAGGAAUGUUACCUUUCAGUGGAUGUGAAUGUAGUUACUUCUGAAUUAUCACUGCUCUUACAAAACAGCUCUGAUAGAAUGCUCGAAGAAUACAGGACUGCUACCAGCUUGUCAGGUGACAUCUAGAGAAAAAAAGCUGAGACAUAGUACUUUGAGUUUGAAAAAGAAAAUUAGACAUUUCUUAUGAAAAAUUUCUUACCGCUUGUAGUCUUCUUUCUAAACAAACACCAUUAAUAGGAGGAGUAAACUCAUUUGCUCAAUACAUGUUAAUAAUUAUUUGAAGUAAAUGCACUGAUGUUUUGGGGUUGGUUUUGGUAGUAAUGUGUUUUAAAUUACACAAUAGUCAAACAUCUGAUUAGGUGUUCCCUUCUGAGCUAGAGAUGUUGAAAAUAACUGAUAGAUAAGUAUCUUUUGCAAGUACUUUUUCUUAUUUGGAGUAGUAUUUGUGAAGUAAUAGGAAAUAUUUUGAACUGAAUAUAAAAUGAAAACUUAAACAGGUAUUUCAAGUAACUUUGUGCAGUUAAUUGCAUAAAUUUACUUCAAGUAAAAGAUUAGACUAGUUACUAACAGAUUGAAUAAACAGUUAUAGUAGUGUUGCAUCUUUGAAAGCAGUCCAGCUUAAAAUAAAAUUCCUUGAACUAGAGCGUAAGUGAAGAUGAACUUUUCAGUAGAACUUAGAGAAAAUGUAGCUCCCUGUAUCUAUUGACACUGGAUAGCAAUGCACCAUCUUAAAGAUCCAUGCUGGAGUACAUAAUAUGCUCCUAAAUAUUUACCAUAUCUCUGUACUAAAAAAAAAAUCUUGUUAGAAAUAGAAUAUUCUAAAUGGUUUGGUUAUCCGAUGUAAAACUAGCAGCAAGAUCAUAUUGUCAUCUGCUCCUCCAUUAAGAUUUUCACGGAGAGGGGAAACUGAAGUAAAUGCUGACAGAUGAAACUUUAUAGUGUGUUGACCUUUGCGUCUACCGUUUUCUGUCUAGUUUUGUUAUUAUCUUGCAGUAAGGGGCGUAGAAGAAUGAUGCUGCAUAUCCCUUUUCCAUGGACUUGAUCUUUUUUAUCUGCCCAUAUACUGAAUUUCAGGGGACAGUGCGACGCAUAUGCCAUAAUAUAAAUUUGUCCCGAUGUUAGUCUUUACUUACUAAACUGAUAAUUUCCAAAAUGAUAUCUGGACAUAUAAAGAGGCAAUAAUUACUGUAAUGUUUAAAAAAAAAAAAAAAAAAGGUGAGCUAAGACAAAAGUUGCUAAGCUUAAGCAUUAGUUCAGUAUACAAAAAAUAACCUACUCUUUCACCAAAGAGGAGACACUGAAUCUUUCAAGUUAAUAGUGUUGUUUGCGUUGGAGGAACACUUUGACUAACAAAAAAAUAACAAUAAUGGGGCUAUAAUUGUGCACUGCAGUUUACCAUUAAAAAUGAAACUGGGGCAAGUUUAAAGAUAGUUAAUUUUAUUCAAAACAUGAUUUAAAAAAAAGUCUAAAUGCAGAGUGCAACUGUAGACUGGGUGAAUGCAGGUUUCCUGAUAUCUAACAGAAUCAAUAGGCUUUCGGUUUGACUGCCAUUUCACUGUGACCCCCUUAACAAUUCUUCAGUAUUAGACUAUUAUUACAGGCAAAAUACGGGGUCUUUACCUACAAUCCUCUGUUUAAAAAAGAGAAGUUUAAAAGUAGGUGUAGAUCUGAAGUCAGCAGGGCCAGUCUAAGUGCCCAUUAUGUGAGGGCCACCAAUAACUGGCCCUAAAAUAUCUUGCUGCUUAAAACCACUGUUAAACAUAAAUCAUUAGGGGAUUGUCUUGUUCUUUUUCAUUGUUUGUUGUUUAAUUGGGGCCCAUGAAUGGGUAUGGCUUUAAAAGGCUAUUCAAUUAAGUAUAUAUUCUCGGCUUAAGAAAUAACACCAGCAGUUUUGGAAAUGUAUUCUGUCUGUGAAAACACUAGGAAAAUAUUUUUCUCCAUUGCAAAAAGUUGUGCUGCUUAAUAACUCAUAGCCACUGUACCAGAAGCAUUAGUAUUGGUUCCAUUUAUUUCCUUUCUUGGAUUACCUUUUUGCUUUGCCCUUCCUUUUCUCUGUUAAUGUUGUCUUUUUUUCUCCUUUCCCAUCUCUUUGUCACCUCAGGCCUAUACUUGACUCUCUUCUCAUGUACAAGCUCUCGUCCGUUCCUUUUUUUUGCCUCUGUUCUUCUGCCUUCUUGCUGUCACUGAGCAUGCUAGCUUAGUGAAAUAACUUAUACCAGAACUGAUGUCAUCGUAUUUAUCGUAAUUUUAAAAAACUGGAUAAAUUUUUUUCAUUCCUUUGACUACAUAAAUCUCUUAUAAAACAUUUAAUUUGUUGUAUCUAUUGGAUUUUUGGUAAAACUUUGUGUAAAGAUCAGUGACAAAAGUAUACUUUGUUUAUUUACAAAAAUCUGACAUCUACCUGUGAAUGGCUUUAUUUUUAUGAAGUAACUGCUUAAAAUUGGCUUUUGAAAUUUAAAGCUUUUUUCUAGAAUUAGUUCAGUGGAUUGGAGCUUUCCAUUCUGUUAAAUAUUACCAAGCUGCUGUUAUAUGCAGAAUUAGGGAAACAAUAUUCUGGAUAAAUGGGCAGCUUCUUUGCAGUAUUGAUUAGAGAAAAAUCUUCAAAGAAUAGGAUGCAGAAGUAAACCUAAGCAAAGAAUCAUUUGUCUUGUGUGCGCUUUUAAUCUUUUUUUGUUUUUUUUAAGCAUUUCAUCAGUUUAUAGGUUUAUUUUGCUAUUUGCAUUGGUUCACAGUGGACAAAUAUGCUAUAAGUAAGCUGUUUUAAUGACUUUAUUGCUGGAAUGGUAGGGGGUUUGUCUUACCAUGAUACAGUAUAGUGUAAAACAUUGAUAAGUAAGAGUUAUGGGGGGAAAGGUAAAACACUAGGGACAGUGUAUUACGUGUGUGCUGCUCUGAGAGCUAAAAUUUAAGAUUAGCUAAAAUUUAAGAUUAGCUAAUUUCAGCAGAAGGUGUGGUGUCUUUAAAUACGUGUGCUUACAUUUGGAUUUAUAAUUUUGAUACUGUAAAGUGUGGUUUCCUUAGGUAUUUCUGCAUUCUGAAUUUAAGUUUAAAUAUAUAUAUAUAUUUGCAUAUUAUAUGUGUGGUAUGUUGAAAACUUUUACAAAUGCUUCAUUAACAAAUAAUGAAUAUAAAUAGCUGUUUACCUGAUGUUACCAGCUUCUUAGAGUUAAGCACAACUAGUUACAAAUAAAAUGUCUUUUCUAUUAAAUUCUCCUAUAAAAGUGCAGUUCUACUCUUCAAAAAGUAAUUCUGUAAAAAGAAGCAACAGAUGGGGACAUUAACAGCUCUGUCUGCUUAAAUAACUUGCUAUUUGUUUCCAGCUUCUCACGCUUCUUAGGAGCACGGUAUUUAGGCUGGAUGAGCAGGUAUGUCUUAAGUGUAAGAACAGAAUCUUUCAGUGGAUCAUUUUUAACAUUCAGAUCCCAGGGCAAGCAUUUUUUUAAAUUAAAAAGCUUUGUCCUGGAGACAAUGCUAAGCAAAAAAUGCGGAAACUUUUAAUGACUAUUUUUGAGUCCCUCUUUUUUCUUGUUUUUUUUUUUCUAGAGUAGAACCACACUUCAACAGCCAUAUCAUGUUUAUAUAACUUAAACAUAACAUGGCUUUGUGCCAUCCAAUAAUGAAGGCACUGUCUUGCUGCUACUUUCUAUGAAACGAUACAAAAUUUGAUGAGAAACUAUUUGGAUGGGGAGCCUUAAUAUGGUUGAAAAGAAACAUAAUUAACCCUUUGAGUGCCUUAAGACAUAUCUUCUUUAAUAAACGGGCACUCACUUGGAUCUGCAGGCAUACAGCAUGUUUUCUCAACAGCUGGAAUAGAAUAUUGCCUGAAGUGACAAUGCCCUGGGAUUUCUGAAACUUAGAACUCAAAGGGUUAUUUUAGACUACUGUUUUUGGAACCUUUUUUUUAAACAGAGAACAAAAUGAAAAGGUCUUUGAAAAAUUUCUUUGCAUACUAUUAUUGUUAUUUUUACAUGAUGGAUUUACCAGCUUUUAGGUGCACAACUAUUGUUAAUCUUCUGAGAAAACAUAACUGGCUGAAGAAUUCUACACAGAGGAAAAAAAAGAGUACUUCAUUACCACUGUAUGUGCAAAAUAAAUUGUUUUAUUAAGUAUAAAUUUAGGGAGAGAUGCACAUUUCUGUGUGUUUACCUUGAUGAAUGUGUCCUUGUAAACAAAACUUUAAUAAGGCAGCGAUGAAAUUAGCAAAAUACAGUAAACUGCAAUAAUAAAAAAUAUGAGGUCAGUGUGUUUAAUUAGCCCAUUACACGUUAAAGAUGCACAGCGCAGGCAACUGUAUACUAAAGAGUUUCUACAAAUGAUGUGGUUUAAACUUAUUUCAAACCCGCAUCACAAAAACGAGGCUGUCAAAUUUACAUGAUACUCUUACAGUCCUAGUUGAAGAUAAAUGUGAUGCUUUUUUCCCUUGAGGGGAAAAAAGUAGUUUAGGUGCAUGCAGUGCUGAAAGCAGUGGAAAAAACAGGAGCCUUAUUCAUAAGAAAAGCGUAAAAAUUCAUUGACUAAGGUUUUUAUUCUAAACUGUGCACCUUUAGUAGUGUAAUGGUCCCUCUUACUGAAGGAUGGGAUAUGAACUUUCUUGAAAUAACCAAGUCUUGGCAUUGCCUGGUCUGACUUUAGAUGUACGUUGUACUGAAACAAUUGAAUUUUAGACAUUUCUUUUAGGCAUUUAACUGCAAGUUAAAAUUGCUAGUAAACUGCAUUCUGACUGUAGAAUUUAAGUACUAAAUAAACUCUAUGCAUAUUAGACCCA